AAAAGAAAUAAAAAAAUAACAAGCCCAAGGCUUAUGGAACCCAACCAUGGACCAAAAUCAAGUAUUCUAAGGCCCAAUUAGCCCUAUUGGAUACCCUUAACUGCUUUGUAGAAUGAUAUAGCCUUGAACCAUUUGGGGAAGCAGACCCGUUCUUACCUUAUAUGCCUGAAUAUCCAAAGAUGGUAGUAUCCUAUAUGUUGGAAUGUCAGAUUAGUUAUUGGUGGUCUGCUAAGUCAAUCUCAUCUGUAGAAGCUAUACCUUUUGCUAUGCUUUUAGAUCUGCAUUCUACAUCUUCAUUAAUUGUAUGUCUUCAUUUCCAUAUGACUAAUGUUACAUGUUCCAUUUGUUGAUGGGAAAGGGAAAACUUAAUGUCCUUGACAGCAGAAGGUUUCAAGAACCUUAUGGAUCAUGUUUGGAGGUAUUUUUUUGUUUCAUUUCUAAGGAAGUUCUGAGGCCUUGGGCUGACUAGUAUGUGGUUCAACAGCAGUGUGCUGUUCAAUGCUGAAAAUGUUUUUUUCCCUCUUUUCUGAGGAGUAUUAUGUUCAGAUGGAUGGAUUGGUCCAUCCAUCUGAACAAUGAAAAAUUGGAUUCUGGUGUGAUGUGUAACUUGAGGUCUGUAUCUAUAUUAUAUAAGAAAGAAUAGGUUUUUCAUAUUUGUAUGGAUUGGUAGAAGCACAGGAUCAUACCUUAAAAGCCAGCAUGGUCUUGUUUCCUCUAGUUGGUGAUCUAUGCCUUAAAAUCCUCGAAGAACAAGAAGAGCUCAUUGUGCGGGCUGUUACCUUCCUUACUCCAUAGGGGACUUAUCCACUGGGGAGACUAGAAGAAAUGAAAAAAAUUUCCAUUUAAGCGCCUAUUUCCUGCUAAUGUGGUCAAGUUAGUUUUUGUCUCGGAGCGUGCUUGAUUUGUUCCAAAUAUGAAGUAAGUUUCCUUAUUUUAUUUGUGUAAUUAAUUACUUGAAAGUUGAUAUUCAAAAUAUCCUCUAUUUUCUUCUUACUUUUAAAAGGCGUACCCAGUGCAUGAGUCUCCCAACACGGGGGUUUGGAGAGGGUCAUAAUAUAUGCAGUCUUAACCCACUUCUCGGACGAGAUUGAGAUGAUUUUUGCCGAGGUGAAGGACCAUGUGGGCGAGUUAAUGAUCCACUCUUUUGGGAAUUACCUUGUUCAGAGGCUCUUGGAAGUAUGUACUGAUGAACAGAAGAUGGAGGUUCUUAGCACCAUCACCAAGGAGGAAUUCCAACUCGUCACAAUCUGUCUUGAUACGCAUGGUACUCGUGCAGUACAGAAAUUGUUGGAGCAUCUUACCACCCCAGAGCAAAUUUCCCGUGUUAUGAUGGCUUUGAGGCCGGGCACCGUCAUACUUACCAAGGACGUGAAUGGUCAUCAUGUGAUUCAAAAUUGCCUCCAGCAUUUCUCCAAUGAAGACACUAAAUAUCUUUUGAACGCAGUAUCAGACCACUGUGUCGAGAUUGCCACAGACAGCAGCGGGUGUUGUGUACUGCAGCAGUGUUUGGGGUAUGCCCAGGGAGAACCAAGAGAGCGCCUUUUUGCUGAAAUUACGUCAAAUGCAAUUGUCCUGGCUCAAGAUCCUUACGGGAACUAUGUUGUGCAGUAUUUAUUGGGUCUGAAAAUACCACAUGUCAUGGCUGCGAGGUCGACACGUGGACAAUUUGAAAUAGACGGCUUAGAUGCUUUGUUGAUUGAAGCUCCACCAAAACAGAUCAGUUCAUUUGCAUCUAAUCGUUUUGGUGGAGCUUCAAUCAACAAAGCAUCUGAGCCAUCUCUUUCAAAUUGUCCAUGUGUUGACCUCUGCAGAGGGUAUUGUACAGAAUUGUAUGAGAUGGGAAUUGCAGAGGACAGAUCUGUCCAAUGA